CUGAUUUUCGGGCUGCAUGUGUUUCUUCUUUAAUAAAGUCCCAAUCUUUGUUCAUAAUUUUGACUCUUAUUAAGGUAAAAUUAGCUGAAAAAUGGGGGAUUUGAGCUGCAUGGGUUGCAAGAAAAUUGAGGAAACUAUUUACUGGUCUCACUUUCAAACGGUUCAGUUCUUUCAGAUUCUCUCUGGGUCGCAUUAUGAUCAUCAGCUUGCUCUUCCCAAGAAAUUUGCUGAGAACCUUAGAGGCAAACUAGCAGGCACAGUUUCCCUCAAAGGACCUAGUGGUUCCGUAUGGAAAGUGGGGUUGGAAGCAGAUGGAGAUGAUCUGUACCUUAAGCACGGCUGGAAAACGUUCGUACAAGAACAUUCCUUGCAAAAGAACGAUGUCUUGGUAUUCAAGUACCAUGGGAAUCUGCAGUUUGAUGUGUUAGUGUUUGAUCAGCUGAGCUUAUGCGAGAAAGAAGCAUCGUAUUUUGUCAAACAAUGUGCCCACACGGAGAUUGUAGUCGCAGAUAAAAAAGACAAAACUGCCCCUCCUCGAACCAUCCGUUUCGGUGCAGCAAUCAGCGAGUCCUCGGACGAGGAGGUCACAAGGAUUGUUGUGAGGAAAAAGCCAAGGAAGGAUGUUGUGCCUAAGCAGGUGAUGAAUCAAUAUAGUGGGAAGCCAAGGAACCGACCCGCGGAUAGCAGUGGUCCAUCGUCAUCACGUGUGGGUUUGUCUCUUAGAUUGGAUUCAAAGAGGAGGCCGGUGACGGAAGAGGAGAAAGACAAAGUUAUCCAGGCGGCAACCGUUGCAUCUUUCGACAAUAGCCUCACUGUGAUCAUGAGGGAAUGCCAUGUCUACACGGGCUUCUAUUUGACAAUCCCGGUGGAUUGGUCGAGGAAGCAUCUUCCUCAGGCAAACUUUGAGGCGUGCCUGCGCGUGAAGGAUAAAGCAUGGAUGGCAAAGUGUUACUACCGAAGAACAAUGGGCGGGCAUGGGAUCUCAAGAUCGGGUUGGAAAUAUUUUGCCCUCCAAAACCAUCUUGAAAUGGAUGAUGUGUGCGUGUUUGACAUGGUUAGCCGAAGCAACAAAUUGUGCAUCUUUGACGUCCGCAUUUUCCGCGUAGUUGAUGACGUGGCGCACAGGAAGGCCAUCGCGUGGGCCCCAUCGUUGAAGGAGAAAGGCGGUCGGCUGAAGAAGCAUCAUCCCGAGCCGAUGGCUUCACCCUAGAUGGGGUGCCCUAUAUCUGACAGUACCCUUUUUGCAGAUAUUAACAGACACGGAACAAUGCUGGAUGUACGUAUGUGAUAUAUGCCAGUACAAUGUGUCAAAAAUGUUGUACAAAUAACUUUUUUUGGGUGCCACUUUGAAAUGGCUGCUUUGAACUCUAUUUUUUGAAGUAUGAUCUUAGGGGAACAAAGUUUGGUUCUGAUG